AGUAGGUGACGGCCUUAUCUCGCGAGUGGUGUGGGCUGGCGUUGUCAUGUUAUGAGGGAAGGAAGAAGAGCUUCCCCGAGAAGGAACUGGCAGUCCGUGUGGAGGGCGGUGACAUUAAGAGACGCCUUGAGAGAAGAAACAGGGCAGGGGGAUGCUGCCCUCUCCGAAAAUUAUUAAGAGGGUCACCGGGACACCGAUCUUGCAAUGGCGGAAACGGAGAGGCGUGGUGCUUCUUCCUCCUCCUCCUCCGCCUCCGCCUGUCUGUCUCUCUCUCUGUCUGUCUGUCUGUUGUUGAGGAGAUUUGAUUUCGGAAAUUGAUCCGAACCGGUUGUGAUUUUUUGUUUGUUUGUGCUACGACCAUGAAUUAUUACUACAGAUACGGCACUGUUGGCAGGAGCGGAAAGAGGGUGGUGGUGGGCCAGACGCCCGAUUUUGAGGUGGUUGGCCCGCCCCUUUUCUAUAGGGACAGGUGACUGUGCAUGAAGAGGAUGGGGGUCAACGCAUCAUGUCAGGCUGAUGCGGGGGUUGGUCCUCAAGCCAUCUUCAGUGCGGAAAAGAAGAAAAAAUUAACCAGCCUGGCAACGCUUCGCAAGAGGCUAAUUCGGCGACGGCGGUCCUCGAAGUCGUGUGACCAUGCCCGAGUUAUCAGGGAGCUCGUCAGUGAUUGGACGGUGCGGGAAGUGGCUGCCCUGUGGGAGGAGUAUGAAGCUAGUGCUGCCCUCAAGGACCUUACAGUGCAGGCGGACUUGGCUCGACCUCCAGCUCCAACAUACAAGCAAGAUCUGAGUGACCUGUUUGAUUAUAAAUAUUGUACGGAUGUUGAUCUGGUGUUUCAGGGAGCCAUUUUUCCUGUGCAUCGGGCCAUCCUGAGUGUGCGAUGUCCAUAUUUCCAGGAGGUGCUUAAGAAGAUACCUGGAUAUGGGGCCCAAAUUGGGGUAGAUAUACGGACUCCUGGCAUAGAUAUCCCGAUGUUUAGUGCUCUGUUACGGUACCUGUACACUGGGGAAUUCAACGCAUAUGAUGGAACGAGUAAAGCCCAGAUGGGUCUUAGUAAUUUAGACAUGUUGAUGCAGCUUUGUGAAGAAUUUGGGACGCCUAAUGCUCUUGAGUGUGAUUUACGGUACCUGCUUGAAUCUGGAGAUUAUGCCGAUUGUGUGUUAGUGUUUUCAGCAAGCGGAGACAUGAACCAGUCUGAUCAAAGUGGAGAAGCUGGCCCCUCUGAUUAUGGAUUUCAUAAUCGGUUAGAAUUGUAUUGCCACAAAGCAAUCCUCAGCGCUCGAUCACCAUUCUUCAGAAGCCUCAUACAACGCAGACAACGAUUCAGUGAGGACAUGUAUGACAGGGGUAUUCCUCAGCCUACCAGAAUAGUGUUAGAUGAAGGUGUGAUACCGAAGAGAUAUGCUCGAGUGUUGCUUCAUGCGGUGUAUUUAGAUACUCUGGACCUUUCAUGCAUUAUAAGAGAUUCUACGAGUACUAAUAGUCUAAGUGAGGCCCAGAGUAUUGUGCAGACAGGGAGGACUCAUAUGACUGUUGUGGAGGAAGCCAUGGAAAUAUACCAAAUUGGACGCUUUUUGGAGUUGGAUAUACUGACCCAGGGUUGUGAGGAUAUGAUUGUAGAAUCUAUUAGUCUAGACAAUUUGGUUUCCAUUCUGCGAUGGUCUGGUGAAGCACACGGUUCAGCAUGGGUACAUCGCCAGGCAUUGCACUUUUUAAGAGAGGAGUUUUCACAGGUUGCUCAAUCAGGAGUGUUGUUAGAGCUUGAAAAGUCAACUUUAGUGGAAGCACUAACAUCAGAUUUUUUACAAGCAGCAGAAUUAGAUGUGUUACAAGCAACAUUACGCUGGGGAGAACACCAGCUUUUAAGACGAAUGGAAGACAGAGAACCAAAUUUGGUAUCCCAAACUGCCCACUCUGUAACCCGGAAGGGUUUGAGGAAAAGGGAUAUGAAUGAUGUGGAAUUACGGGAAAUUUUAUCCGAACUCUUACCUCAUGUACGCAUGGAUCAUGUACUACCUCCCAAUCAUGAUAUUUUAACCCAGGCUAUAAAAAGAGGCUUGGUGUCCACUCCCCCAAGUCACAUGAUUGGUGACGACACCACUAACUAUCGUGUCAAUGCUUGGAUAAGAAGUAAAAACAAUGGGUUGUUUGUGAAACCUAGGCUUUUCACUCCUUAUGCAGAAGAGAUUAAGAGUGUGGUAGAUGAACAAACAGCAGGUGGUGUUGAUGUAGUUCGGUUGCAGUGUUUCGUUUCUCACAUUCCUGAUACGUUAUACAUGGUGGAAGAUAAUGCCCCACAUCAACACACAUAUGCGCCUUCUACCACUGUUGAUGUUGUGGCAGCUGCUCUACCAGUGCUGGCAAUGGUGCGACGAGAGAGAGAGUUAGUUUCCACACCAGGUUACCAGAGAGCAGCAUCAUUGUUGUUUGGUGAUCGACGGAUGCUUAGACGACAAGUACGCUUACGGGUUGUGAGAGAGUUCAACCUUCCUGAUUCUGUUGCAGAUGUCUUAGAGGGUGCUUCUUACACUGAAGAAGAAGAAGAGGAGGUAGAACAACGUUGCUCAGUUCGCGAUGAAGGUCGUUCCAAACUCCAUCCACCUGAGUUCCUGUUGGAUUCACUUCUUGACCCUCCAACACAUCAUUUUACCUUAUUACAGAGUGAUGAGGGUCACCUGAGUGAUGUCAUGCCAGAUGUAGCUCUGGCUUCCUCAUCACUUUCACAACUUCACUUGAGCAGCACCUUGGAUAGUAGGAACUUGGGAAGUUCUGAAGGCCUGGAAGAUUUAGAAGUAACACAGAUGUCUUUGGAUCUUGGAGAUGGUUCCCACCACCAGGUUGGUUCUCACCUCACCCUUGGUGGUUCUCAUCGCCGACGUUCAAGCAGGAGACGUCGCUUGCCUCCUCAUCUGACCCCACCACCUCCCAUGUCUGGUCACCACACAUAUGGGGGCCCCUUACCCCGCUCACCAUGCACCCCACCUCUUCGACCUCACUCCACCACUGCCACCACCACACGACAUCAUGCUACAACUAUGCCACCGUUAUUUCUCUGACAUCAGCCUUUCCACUCCUUACAUUACCGCAGUCACAGUCAUCGCCAUUACCACCAGACUCGUCAUUCACCUCCAACUAGACCACGCACUCCCAUGUUUUGAAUAACGCGGGGUGUUAUUGCUUUUUUAUUCUGUGUGUUAGCAUCUGCUGAAAUGCGUAAAGGUAAUUUUCGUAAAAAUCUUCAGGCAUUGAGUGCUGAAUAGGAAAACCCUUAUUGUUAGUACAAGACCGUAAUUAAACCUCUUUGAAACGAGUCUUGGGUUUAACACGCUUUCCAUCACUGCCUAAUAGUUCGUGUUAAUCCAGAAGUUAUUUUGUAACAAAUUGGUAAUUCAUUGUGAGACAGUGAACAUUUACUCAUCAUUAAUGACUGCGGAAUUAAGGAGUGGAACCUGAAGAAGCAUGUUUUGCAUAAUCUCUCAUAUUGGAAGGUUCUCAGAUUUCCAUUUUUUUUUUUUUGUCUUGUAAAAAAAUUUAAUAUCUGCCACAUAUUUCAGAGUUGAUAAGACAUUAACUUAAGAUUCAUAUAAAUUAUGUUUUUCUGCAUAAGCUUAUGUGAUAUUUAUAUGUAAUAAUUAUGAGCAGCAUUAUUGGUAAUAGU